GAAGUCCCGGACAGUAACCCAUAUAAAGACAAGGCGCUUAAGAAAUUUCCAUCUAAAUCGUGUAGUCGGUGCGACCGAUACGACAGAAAUAUCACCGACUUUGAUAAACUCCUUGUUAUUCUCAGGCCCUACGGAUUUAGAUACUCCCAGAAAGACGCGGAUAAUUUUUAUUAUCAUUGCCACAGCAAAAAUCCAGAACGAUCCGCAAAAGUUAUUAUUGAAUCCCUGACCUUCCUCAAACCACCGUCGUCCUCGGAAGAAUUACUAGACAUCCUCACUACGAAAAAUUGGACACACCUGGAAACAAACCCUUUUGCCCCUCCAUCAGACGAAGAUAUUUUCGAUUUCACUCAAAAGAUUGAAGACUACCUGCUAAAUAAAGCACUCGAAGACGAAAAGAAAUUCCGACAACAAAGAGAAAAAGGCAAACAAAGAGCAAUUGCUUCUGGUAGUAAAACCCAGGCUGUCGAUUCACCAAUUCUCGGACCUCUCUACGAUCAAACAGUAACUCCACACGAUCAGAUACAGAAUAUCCGGAAAAGUUUAGACGGCUAUUUUACAAAUUACCAGGCUCAAACUGGACAUAGGUUUACACCUGCGGAACAAUACGAUUUUGAUAAUGACCAACCUUUUGGUGAUGAUCCACAGCCAGUAGACCUCGAUCGAGUUUUUAGUAUCGAUAAAGAAGACGAAGUAGACCUACAAUCAGAUGAAUUUGAAGAAAAAUCAGACGAAGAGUUCGAACAAGCCCUAGAACCAACCGAAGAAAAUAAUAUAAUAGUGGAUAUCAAUAAUCCAUAUUUCAACGCUUGGAAUCCGCAAGCAGAUCUACCUGUCUAUCAGCCUAAUCCUCAACCAUACAGACUUCCUUCACCACCACCAGACUUACCACAAAAUCUACCAAAUCCACCAGUAGCACCUCCAGUAGUACCUCAACAAAUUCCUCCAGUAGCUCCACCACCACCUCUGUUUAAUCCAGCCCCAUUCCAACCACCACAACAGCAACAAUAUCAAGGCGAAGAAAUGUCGCAAGCAUCAUACCCUACCUUUGACGGCACCAAUCCUCGCAAAUGGAUUGCAGAGCUCGAAUUGGCAUUUAUUGCCAAUAAUUUACCCACAGAUGCUCACCCUAGAAAAAUCGGAAUUGCAGCCUUACAUUUAGGACCAGCGAAAAUGUGGUAUGUGACCAUGGACAAUAAACCUACCACAUGGGGAAGAGCUAAUGCAAGAGACGGUUUCAAGGAACUAUUCCUAGCCAAGUAUGCUACCGAUGGCAAUAGAACGCAAGCGUCCCAACAGGCCUACACACGUACUCAAAGGAAAACAGAGUCAGUAAACGAUUAUCUCAAUGCGCUCCAAGAAAUGUGGUUAGAAUGCGGUGACCCAGUGGUCAUGCCAGAAUGGAUGAAAGUCAAUCAAUUUGUCCAUGGAUUACUACCAGCGAUAAGAACUCCAGUAAUGCAGCAAGCACCAGGAACUAUGGCCCAAGCCAUUCAAUUCGCUAAUAACUGUUUCUAUGCGAUGAGGGCUAGUGUCCAACCGUCCCACAGUGCAGAAGUCAACGAUGCGCUCUUGGAAGAAAUUGCAGCGUUGAAAGUUCAAGUGGCAGAGUUGAGGACUCUUCCGGCCAACACGAAUAAUAGUAACAACCGAGGAUACCAACAAGGCAACAACAAUCGGCGAAUGGGACCUAGAUGUCACUAUUGCGGAAAUAAUGGGCACAUACACAGAGAAUGCCGAAUCAAGGCCAGAGACAUCAAACAGGGAAGAAAGCUCAAUUGGGCAGUACCAAGAAAGAACAAUCAAGGACAGGGAAAAGGUCAGCCAC